AAGAUAAUAGCAGCUAUAGAUCUCAACUGAGCCCAUAGUUCUCCAUUCUGUCUACGGCAAAACAUGGCUUCCUCUUCCUUCUUUCACCCAAACUUCAUCUUCCAGAUGCAGAAUUCCAAUGAAGAAGACUCUCUUAAUCAGCAUCAACAAUCCUCAAUCAUCAAUCCCUUAUUGCCUUCCUCCAAUCCCCAAGACUUCUCCAUAGGGAUGGCAGCAAUGGUGAGAAAGAGAUCAGUGUCAUUUUCCGGUAACUUCGAGGCCUGCGAAGCAGAGGAGGAACUCUCCGAUGAUGACUGCUCGCACCCGGGGGAGAAAAAGAGAAGGUUGAAUAUGGAGCAAGUGAGGACAUUAGAGAAGAAUUUUGAGCUUGGGAAUAAGUUGGAGCCAGAGAGGAAAAUUCAACUUGCCAUGGCUCUUGGGCUUCAGCCAAGACAGAUUGCAAUUUGGUUUCAGAACAGGAGAGCCAGAUGGAAGACCAAGCAGUUGGAGAAGGAUUACGAUUUGCUCAAGUUGCAGUUUGAAGCCGUUAAAACUGAGAAUGUUGCCCUUCAGGCUCAGAACAAGAAACUUCAAGCUGAGAUUUUGGGUCUCAAAGGAAGGGAAGCAGCUGAACUCAUAAACCUGAAUAAGGAAACAGAAGGAUCAUGCAGCAACAGAACUGAGAACAGCUCUGAGAACAGCCUUCUAAAUCAUAAUCCAAAAAUAGAAUUAUUCUCGUCAGUUCGACCCCCGAUGAUCUCACAGUUUCUGCAUGGCUCGUUAACACCAGAUCUGAAUUGCAGCAAGAUUGAGAAUGGAAUCACUGAUGAACACUUCAGCAACUUGUUGUGUGGAAUGGAAACUGCUUUCUGGCCAUGGCCUGAUCACCAAAAUCACCAUUGAUGAAUGCUUACUUAGAUCUUGUUAAGCAUUUUCACCAUUGUUCUCUAUAUCAUAUUGGUAAUGUUAUGAAAAGUUUUUUUUUUUCUU